AAAGAGCUUGCUAUAUCAGCCUAUGAAGUCCGUGAACACAAGCCUGAGACGCCAUGGUGGACGCAUUCUGCAGAACAUCUGAAAUGGGCCUCGCUUGGUGAUUGUUGUCAUUGGUCUGGAGCCAGGAGUGCUGGAUUCCCUUGACUUCAGGAUCAAAAGAAAGCGGUCCUGGUUAUCAUCGUAAACAUAUGAACCACUGUGAUGGUGAAAUGAGAUGAGGCUCCGUAAUGGAACUGUAGCCACGGCUUUAGUAUUUAUCACCUCUUUCCUUACUUUAUCUUGGUAUACUACAUGGCAAAAUGGGAAAGAUAAUGCCCUAAAGCUAUUAAAGGAAUUAACAAGCAGAAAAUCUCUUCAAGUGCCAAGUAUUUAUUAUCAUUUGCCUCAUUUACUGCAAAAUGAAGGAAGCCUCCAACCUGCUGUGCAGAUUGGCAGUGGACGAACAGGAGUUUCAGUAGUAAUGGGAAUUCCCACAGUGAAGAGAGACGUUAAAUCUUACCUCAUAGAAACACUUCAUUCCCUUAUUGAUAAUCUGUAUCCUGAAGAGAAGUUGGACUGUGUUAUAGUAGUCUUCAUAGGAGAGACAGAUGCCGAGUAUGUAUACACUGUUGUAGCCAACCUGGAGAAAGAAUUUUCUAAGGAAAUAAGUUCUGGCCUGGUGGAAGUAAUUUCACCUCCUGAAAGCUAUUAUCCUAACUUGACAAACUUAAAGGAGACAUUUGGAGACUCAAAAGAAAGAGUAAGAUGGAGAACAAAGCAAAACUUAGAUUAUUGUUUUCUAAUGAUGUAUGCUCAGGAAAAGGGCAUAUAUUAUAUCCAGCUUGAAGAUGAUAUUAUUGCCAAACAGAAUUACUUUAAUACCAUAAAAAAUUUUGCACUUCAACUUUCUUCUGAGGAAUGGAUGAUUUUAGAGUUUUCCCAGCUGGGCUUCAUUGGUAAAAUGUUUCAAGCACCAGACCUCAGUCUGAUUGUAGAAUUCAUACUUAUGUUUUAUAAGGAGAAACCCAUUGAUUGGCUUUUGGAUCAUAUUCUCUGGGUGAAAGUUUGCAAUCCUGAAAAAGAUGCAGAUAAAGAUUACAUGAAACCAUUACUUCUUAAAAUGCAUGUGAACCCACCUGCAGAAGUCUCUACGUCCAUGAAGAUCUACCAAGGACAUACACUGGAGAAAACAUACAUGGGAGAGGCAUUCUUUUGGGCUAUCACUCCGGUAGCAGGAGACUACAUCUUGUUUAAAUUUGAUAAGCCAGUCAAUGUUGAAAGUUACUUGUUCCAUAGUGGUAACCAAGAACACCCAGGGGACAUUCUGCUGAAUACAACUGUGGAAGUUCUGCCUGUGAAGAGUGAAGACUUGAAAAUAAGCAAACAAACCAAAGACAAAUGGUUAGAAGACGGUUAUUUCAGAAUAGGGAAAUUUGAGAACGGUGUCGCAGAAGGAAUGGUGGAUCCAAAUCUAAACCCCAUUUCAGCCUUUCGACUCUCAGUUAUUCAUAAUUCUGCUGUUUGGGCCAUUCUUAAUGAGAUUCAUAUUAAAAAAGUCACCAACUAGCCAUCUAAGAAACCAGUACUUCCCCCCCACCCCCACCCCGUGAAUUUGUUACACAGAGUUAAGCAUGGCUUUGUUCGUUUCCUUUGCUUGAACACUACCUCGUGUGAAAUCUACUGUAGAGAAGAUUAUCAUUUCCACUUGGAAAGUGAUUCACCCAUGGAUAAUUGUAUUCAUUUGAACCUCAGCUGUCCUCCAAUUUUAACUUGACUCAAACAUUUUACAGUUACGACAGCCUGUUAAUAUGACUUGUACUAUUUUGGUAUUAUACUAAUACAUAAGAGUUGUACAUAUUGUUACAUUCCUUAAAUUUGGAAAAAAUUAAGGUUAAAUUUUAUGAAGGGGGUACUUUUGAAGUUCGUUUAUUUUAUUAUAGACCCUCUUUUUUAGAUUAUCAGGGAUUAUAUAUAUAAGUGUAAAGUUAUGAAUAUACAUAAAAAUGUUAUGGAGUUAAUUUAUUAGAAACACUUAAGAAGUACAUAUUUUUGUGCAGUAAAUUUUUGAAUCAAUUUUUUUGGACAACCAGUUACCUUGCUUUUUUAAGUUCUUUCUAUAUUUUUUUUUUUGAAAUGCCAACAUUACAACUUAAUGCCAUUUUUCAAAUGCACUGCCAUUUAGGAAUGUUUCUGGAUUGAUUUCCUAACCGAAGUACUUUUUAUAAAUCAGUGAUUCUAAACAAAAUAUUUUCAAAGACAUUUGUCAUUCUUGAAACCCAAGAUUUUAAAGACCAGGGUUCUUCCUGAGGGUUAUUCUACUAUACUGUGUAUAGUGUAUAGCCAAGAAAACCAGUGUGAGACAUCUCAGUGCGCAAGUGUGAUGCAUUCCACCUUCAUUAGACUUAGCUCACCCGUUUCCCUGUGGUGUGGAAAAUGACAAGUUCCUCUUCCCUUUGAACCAUUGUCUUUAGUCCAUGAGCUAAAUGUAUUAUCCCUCCUCUUGUUGAUUCUUUUAUAUCUGCACUCCUUUUACAAGUUCUCACAAAAUAUUUUCUAGGCAAUGGUAUUGUAUGAGUCAUAAGAUAAUUGGUAUAAUUUUAAAGAAAAAUAAAAUUGUAAUACUGGUUAUAUAUGGUGAAA